UUAUUGACCUUAGACUUUGUGUUCACAAAAUACCGUUACAGUACAGUAUUGGUUUAUGGUAAGCCAAUGAAUGGUCAGCAUUAGAUCACGUGUUCUACACUCAUCUCUAUAUGACUUCUACCAACAAUUGUAAGGAGUCGCCUGAUCUGACGAGAACCGCGGAACUGAUCGUUCUUGAAGAGAAAAUAGGUGAUGAAAUGAAGACUAAACCAGAAGUAGUAGAGAAAACAGCGUCGAACAAGCCGCCCCCAUCAAUCCUAGUACAAGCAACAGCCGCUCUUUUCUACGGAUUCUCAUCUUUCUUCAUUGUCAUCAUUAUCAAGAGUGUGUUGACGAGCAACGACUUUCCCUCAUCUCAAUUUGUCGGACUUGGACAGAUGGUGGCCACACUUGUCAUACUGAGAGUAUGUAAGUGCGUGGGCGUGAUCCAUUUUCCAGACUUUGGGCCAUCGGUGUUCCGACGCAUCUGGCCUCUACCAGCCAUGUAUUUGGGAAAUCUGAUGUUUGGAUUGAGUAGCACGAAGAGUCUCAGUUUGCCGAUGUUCACGGUGCUUCGUCGUUUCUCGAUUCUCCUAACGCUUAUCGGCGAAGAAAUAUUAUUGAAAUACCAUCCUUCGAGAAAUGUCCGUCUUUGUGUUGUGUUGAUGAUUGGAGGUUCUAUUAUUGCUGCUUUAUCGGAUCUUGCUUUUGAUGCAGUUGCGUAUAUGAUCGUCUUCUUCAAUAAUAUUUGUACUGCUGGAAAUGGUGUGUACAUGAAGAAGAAAUUGGAGGCAAAAGAUUUGGGAAAAUAUGGUCUGAUGUAUUACAAUGCACUUUUUAUGAUCUUUCCGGCAACGUUUGUUGCUUGGUAUUGCGGAGAUCUUCAAAGUGUGUGGGAGUAUCCGCAUUGGGAUAGUCUGCUAUUCAAUUUACAAUUUAUGUUGAGUUGUGUGAUGGGGUUUAUUCUUAUUUAUUCAACUGUUUUAUGCACGUCGGUCAAUUCGGCUCUGACGACGACGAUAGUCGGCUGUUUGAAGAACGUUUUUGUGACGUACAUUGGGAUGUUCUUUGGUGGUGACUAUUUAUUUUCAUAUACCAACUUUGUAGGCUUAAAUGUAAGCGUAGCGGGUGGCAUAUUAUAUGCCAUAGUGAAGUACAGAGAACAGCAUGGUCAUAAACCAAGAGGUUAAUUAAUAAAGUGAGAUGUA